CAGACUUGCAACAUUACAUCUUUGCCACCACACACUCACCACCAUGCUGCCCUCAGCAGACGACUACAAGGCCCACGGCCUGUACAACGUCGAGCUGGACCCAGACACGGGGCUGUGCGACCCGCCGACGGGCGCCUGGCUGUCGGGCUUUGCACGCCUCGUCCCCACCCCGGCUUACCCGCUCAUCGAAGACAAGGACAAGGACCACGACAAGCACUCGACGACAGCAGGCGACAAGCACUCGAGCGUCGGCUCGCUCGCCGUCGCCGUCAGCCCGUACCCGCCCUGCUCGGCAGAAAUGGCCACGGUCCACUCUGCGUCCAUGUCGUCGAUUGACGACUCGAGCUCGGCUGGUCCAAGUAAGAAGUCGGCGUUUCGGAGGACAUCAAUCUCGGCCCAGGCGGGGUCGCGUGUCCGCUUCCACUUUUGCCCCCAUGGAGACUCGCAAUCCGCAGCAUACUUUCGCCGCACAUGCCAGGUCAAGGCGCUCGAUACCGUCAGCGAUAUUGGCGAGCGGCCAUGGGCGGCCAUGAGCGUCGACAACAGCCAGGCCGACGACGACGUGCCAAUACCAGAGUCGUCGCCGCCCCUCUCCGAGACGGCGACGACGACGACAUACCGCCGCUACCAGGUCCACCUGCGCUUCCUCGCCUGGUGGGAGGACGACCUGGGCCUCUGGGUCAUUCUCCAAGCGGAGGAAGUGCACACCCUCGAGAUGCUGAGCGGCGCGUGGGGCGACGUCGUUGGUCACUCUUGGCCGCAGCCUUACGAGACAAGGGUGAACGGCGGCAGCGUCGGCGGCGGCAGCGGCUCUUCGGCGCCGGAUAUCGACACGCCGCGCGCGACAGUCACGACAAACCCAUUGGCGUUCGUGCCUCUCGACCACCCCGUCGGCUAUGGGGGCAGCGUCGGCGGCUCUGUGACGAAUGGAGGAGGAGCACCGUUCGAGUCGCCCAAACUUGGGCCAAUCUGCUGGGCAGACGCCUGUGACCUCCUUUAUCAAUGUGUUGCGUGCCUCCAGGCGCUGCACGACCGGCACAUCUCGCUCAACUGGUGCCAUCCAAAGUGUUUCGCCGUCAUCAACGGCCGCGUGGUCGUCAACCGCUUCUGGCACAUUACAGCCAUGCCGGGCUUCUCGCUGCCGCACUAUCUUUCGCCGGCGCUGGCAGCGUCGACGCUGUUCACGCGCGAGCCGCUCGACCACAGCUCGUCCAACCUGACCGAAGAGUUUGUCUUCCGCCACCUCCGCUACCUCGCCCCCGAGGCCGCCAUCUCCAGGCGCGUGUCCCACAGCAACGACAUUUACGGCUGGGGCGUGCUGGCCUACGAGCUGCUGACGGGAGAUACGAUUGACGGCGGGCCUGAUACGCCUGAUCUCCAUGAGGUCGAUCUGCUCGCCGACGUGCACAGACACGUCACGAACGAGGUCACCCCGCCCGCAGAGUACCUCGAGCGCAUGGUCGGCAUGGGCGGCCGCGACACGGCGCUUGAUAUGCCGCCAAAGCAGCUGUCCGACAUCAUUAUGCGCGCAUUGGCAAAGGACCCAGAGGACCGGUAUCACCGCCUCGACGGGCUCGCGUACGAUCUGCGCAAGUUGUCCCAAAUCGUCCGCGCGAACGGCGACCUGUCAAAGUUUACCGUCGGCGAGGUAGACAGAAUGUCGCGCUUCAGCCUGCCCCGGACCACGAUUGAGCGUCAGCCGCACCGCGACGCGCUGGACGCGGCAUUCGACGUCCUCCAGCAAGACUCGUCGCAGAGCAGCAUUGUGUGCGUAUGGGGACAAAGCGGUACCGGCAAGACGCGCCUCGUCGAGGACUGGGCCAGCGUGCUCGAGGAGGCCAACCGCGGCCGCAAGUGUCUCGUCGGCCGCGCGAGACCAGACGAGCACGUGAAGAAGCCGCUCGCGAGCUUUGUCCAGAUCUUCCAGUCCCUCCUCGACAGAGUGCUCACAGACCCGCGCGAGGACGCAAAGGAGUGGCUGCGCAAGAUGAAGGCGGCGCUUGGGUCCCAGUGGAUGUUCUUUGCCGGGCUCUUGUCGCAGGAUGCGCGCCGGCUGAUUGGCGACGAUACCCAAGCAAGGGCACGGAGCAUAGACUGGGAAAACUUCCUCGUCGCGUUUCGGUCUUGGUCCCGGAGACUGCUCCAGCUCUUCGCCACCCGAGAGCGGCCCCUCAUCCUCGUCAUCGACGACUCACAGUGGCUCGCGGCGGACGAGGUGGAGAUCUGGCGCCACAUCAUCGACGGAUCCCAGCCUCUCAACCACGUCCUCGUAAUCUCACUAUUGCGCACGAAUGAACCCCCCGCCCCCUCAAACCUCCUCUCCAUCAGCUCAACCACCAUCGAGGUCAAGAGACUAUCCGAAGACGGCGUGGCCCAGUUCAUCGGCACAUGUCUCAACGGCCGCGUCUCGACCUCAAGCGAGGCCAUUGUCAGCUUCCUGUACGGCGAAACGGGUGGCAGCCCGCUCUUCCUCCGCACCCUCAUGACUACGCUCGUAAAGGAGGGCGUGGUGGCGUUCGACUAUGACAGCCUGCAGUGGCGUUUUGACCUUGUCUCCCUGCAGUCACACCUCUCGGAUACUGGCUUCGACGCCUACCUCGAGGGUGUAAUGCGGCGACUGCCAGCCGAUGUACAGCAGCUCCUCAUUUUGCUCUCUCGCCUCCCCUCUGCUGGCUUCCCACUCCGCCUGCUUGCUAUGGCUCUGGACAAGACACCAGCAGAGACCGACAACAUUGCCCAGCUCGCCGUGUCCGCCGGUGCACUCACAGUGCGCAACGGCACUGUAAGAUUCACGCACGAUAGACAGAAGAUGGCCGCGUACCGCCUCAUCCCCCUGGCCGAGGCUGGUACGAUGCACCAGCGCUUGUUCAAGUUCCUGUCGCUGCCCGACCUGCUCGGCGACUAUGUCUUUGACGCUGUCGAGCACGCCUUGACCGCCAGAGAUCUCGGGACGGCCGUCGCCGAAACGCACGUCAUCCUGCGCUUGCUCCUCGACGCCGCGCAGAGAGCCGCUUCGUCGGCCAGCUUCACGUCGGCAAAGCACUACGUCGACCAUGCCACACGCAUCGUCGAGGAGACUGGCGGUAUCGACGGGUGGAUCAACUCGCACCGCACAAUGUACUUUCGCUACGUGCGCCUGGAAACCGAGAUUUCCAGCGUCUUUCACGAGCACGCUGUUGCGUUCGACCUGCUGGAACAAAUCAAGCCCUAUUGCGAGACGUCGUUGGAGAAGAUCAGCACUGCGACGCUGCUGGUGAGGCAACUCAUCGCUGCGAACAAGCAUCAUGUUGCGGUGGAACGCCUGCUUGAAACUCUCGACGAGUUCGGCUACAAUCCCGAGAACCCUACUUCUGUCAAGCUGUGGAGGCCGAUGACGGCAGCAGAUGUUGAACAGCUCAGCGACGAGCUUGUCGACGAACCUGACGGCGAGGAGACUGAGCUCACGCUCAUCAUGUCGCUGAUUGCGUACGCCGGUCCCACAAUCUACAUAACCUUGCCCGAGCGCAGGCACAACCUGUUCAUCCUCGGCCUGUCGGUCAUCAAGGCACAUGGAAAGAUCCACGAGGGCUCAGGCUACAUUCUGUCGGUGCACUCGAUCACCAACCACGACGCCCCGGUCCAGUAUGCGCUCAUGAUCUUGAGCAAGCGUGUCGCUCGCCUUCGCCCCAACAGAUUCCUCACCAGCGCCGCGCUCAUCGCGAACGCGUCUCAGUCGCAUCGCUUCAUGCCCCUGGCCCAGGUCGGUGAAGCGAUGGAGCAGGCGUUCGAGUCGUCAUUCACGCUCGGCGACUACGAGAUUGCCUGCUAUGUUGGAGCACUCGACCUCGCCGCGAGGCUGUUUGACGUCACUCCUGUCGCCUGGGACAUUGUGUCGAGACGAUACGAACUCGUCAAGGCCUACUCGACCCUGUCGCACCGUGGCCUCGUCAACAUCCCGCUGCAGUACGGCGAAUGCUUGUCGCGCAUCAACAAGUUUGGCCAGCCAUGGGACCUCGAGGGGUCCUUCUUUGGUGUCAGCGAGCUCGAGGCCAUCAGCGGCCUCGCACUUCACCAGGGCGUGUUCCACACCUUUACGUUGCGCCUCAAGCUCAUGUACAACGCACCCGAGGCUGAAAUCAGAGCCAGCUUCAAGUUGCUCGAACAGACGGUCGAGUCGAUGGAGGGACUCAUCUUUGGCCACGAAGGUCUGUUCCUCCUCGCGGUCGCCGAGAUCCGCCUCGAUCUCCCCGAUCACUGGGUCUCCAAGGUGACAGAGUUCUUCAACCGCUACGCGCAAUACACCGAGGAUGUUCAAGAUCGCAUCUCGUUCCUCAAGGCCUUGCCGCUACUCAAGGCCGAGACGAUGCACCAAGUGCUGGAGCCCUUCGAGGCGACUGUGCAGGCGUUCGACGCCCGCGGUAACAACAUGCUCUCCGGGUGGCUCAACUAUUGGAUGUCGGACGAGAUUGUACGUCGAUUCCAAUCGCCCAAGCUCGCCGAAGGGUUUAUCCGUGCUUCCUUUGAAGCAUACCACAAGCACGAGGCGUGGGGUCUGUGCCAGAUGAUCCAGGACAGGUGGCCCAGCAACACUCCCGACAUGACCCUGCCGCGCCGCGGGCCGGCCGAGGCGUUCUCCACCGACAACAUCAUGCCUCCGCUCCAUAGACCGUCGCUCUCCGGGGUGAGCGAGGCACACCAGUCGUCCAAGCCGACAGAGGAUACGAGAGCCUCGGAGACGGUCAUGUCCAACGACAACCUGGACACGCUUACUCUUAUGCGCUCGUCCCUCGCCCUUGCGCAGGAGAAGGACAGUCUGGUGCUGCUCGGUACGCUGCUCCGAAUCCUGUGCCAGUUUGCGCGCUGCGACUAUGCUGCGAUUGGCCUCUGCGACGAGGAGGACAGGUCCAUCCUCCGACUCAAGGCUGCUGGUCCGUUCCAGCGAAUCGUGGCGUACGACCUCGACAUCAGCGACGACGCCUCACAGGCUGUGUGUCCGGCUACCAUUAUGCUGCACGUUGCACGCACGGGUAUUCCAAUCACCAAACCCGCAAAGGUGUCACGUCUUAGAAGCGAUCCGUUCUACAAUGAACGCCAGCCACGCGCGCUGUUAUGCCUGCCCAUCAUCAACCAGGGCGUGCAAUCCGGUGUCAUUCUCUUGCUGUCUAUGACGUCGGCUAGUGCUGCACUCCAGUCGGAGCAGGCACGCGAGGUUGUCAGCACCCUGGCGACCUUUGCGUACAUCAUCCACCUGCACCACGCGUUCGCCCGCAGACUCAAGGCUGAAGUGACGCAGCGAACGAGAGAGCUGACAGCUGCACUGCAAGCCAAGACGCACUUCUUGUCGCAGUGCAGUCACGAGCUCCGCAGCCCGCUCGCGGCCAUCAUGGGCUUGACGUCUGUGCUCGAAGCCAGCCCGGGCUUGUCGACAAUCCAGCGCGAGCACCUUCAGACGAUCCUUGCUAGUGGCCAGGACCUCUUGUCGCUCAUCAGCAACAUUCUCGACCACUCCAAGCUCGAGUCCAACUCGGUUCUCCUCGAGCAUAUUGCGUUCAACGUCCGUGACGUUGUCGAGUCGGCGCUGGACACGAUUGCGCCCGUCGCCCAGUCCAAGACGGUCGAGCUCACCCCGCUUAGCAUGUUCAAGAAUGAUCCUCCGGGCCUCAUCGGCGACCCCUUCAGAGUCAAGCAGGUACUCCUCAACUUGCUGUCCAAUGCCGUCAAGUUUACACCCCCUGGUGGCAAGAACAGGAAGACUGCCCGUGUCACUGUGGAGCGGUCCUGGGCCCCACUCGACAAGGCCCGCAUCAAGAUCAGACUGACGAUUACGGACACUGGCGUCGGCAUCCCCCCAUCCAAGUUGCACAAGCUAUUCAAGAGCUUUUCGCAAGUUGACGAAUCGAUCACGAGGUCGUACGGCGGCAGCGGCUUGGGCCUGGUCAUCUCACGCGAUCUCGCCAGGUUGUUGGGCGGCGACUGUACCGUCGAGUCCGAGUUUGGCAAGGGCUCCACCUUUACGUUCACCUUCAUCGCCAUGCGGGACCCCGCCUGGAAGCCGAUGCCGCUGAGAAAAUUCCCCACAGAGCAAAGGUGCUGGAUCCUCUCGGCGAAAGAUAUGGUCUGGGGCGUGCUGCUCGAGGAAGACUUGAAGGAGUUCAACUGCGACCCAACGCGCUUUACCGACGAUGUGCAGCUCGCGCUGCAGAAAGGCACGGCCAACGGACUCAAUUCCGGCCAGUUUUACGACCUCCUGCUGCUUGACACGACGGUGCUCGAUCGCGAUAUUCUGGCCCAGAUGCACAAGCUCCAGCCGAAUGCCCAGGUACGCCUCGCCGUGACGAUCUAUGACGGCAUGGUCGCGACCGUCGCGACUUCCUUCUUCUAUGUGUCCCGUGCGACUCAAAUAUCGUCUGACAUGGAGAAGCUGCAGAUUCCGCGCGACCACAUCCUUGCCAGACCCCUCAAGUUUAAGUCGAUCUACGAGACGAUCCUGCCCGCGCCAGCUGACGGUCGUACCAAGGCCGCCAAGUUGACGCGCAAGAAGUUUAACAAGAACCUGGGCAAGGAAAAGCCACUCGAGGUGCUGGUGGUGGACGACUCGGCGACCAACAUUGCCGUCUGCUGCCGCAUCCUCGAGCUGUGGGGCUACAACAAUGUCGACUCUGCCGCCGACGGCCUGCAGGCUGUUGAGGCUGCCGAGAGGAAGCGCUACGACCUGAUCCUGCUGGAUCUGCAAAUGCCCGUGCUCGAUGGCUUUGGGGCGCUUCAGCGAAUCCAAACAAGUCCGCUGGCCGGCGAGCCCUGUUGCGUGUCAUUGUCUGCGAAUGUUGACAAGGCCACCCAAUCGCGUUGCAUCGACGCUGGCUUUUUUGGCGUGCUCACCAAGCCUGUCGACAUCCCGCGUCUGGGUGAGAUCUUAGCUCAAGUCUACGAGGUCCGACGCGGGUCUCAGGCGACGUCGGCAUCCAUCACGCGUAUCGGCACGCCUGCCGAACAGCAAUUGCUGUCGGCCACGCCUCAGCCAACGCCAUGACGACGGGCCGGGCGUGUAACAAACCCCCCUACAUUGUAAAAAGACUCCUCCUUUCCAUUUGUAUUGGCGGCACAGAGCCGAUCGCAACUCAUCACCACCCUGCAUAGUCAUAACCAAACACACACAUCACUGCGCACCGACCGACAGGUGCUGCCCAUCAUGCAUACUAGAUUAGUGUAAGGGGUCGGGGGUCGGGGGUCGGGGGUGACGAGGGAGAGGGAGGGGAAGUGGGAUAGGGGAGGAGGGAGAGUCGGUCGGCGAGUUACGGCCUGCGCGGCGAGGACCUCGUUGCUGAGGAGCGGGGGCAGCGGACCGUCGUCGUAUGUGCGUGUGUGCGUGCUCCACUCGACAGCCUUCGCUUGCAACACGAGGUGCGCGAGGUGCGUUGCGUGCGCAUGGCGCGCUCGGCGCCGGCCGGCCAGACCAGACCGAGGGACGACCGGGCACAACCCGACCGCAGCAGCGGAGGAGGUGUUAGUUGGGUCGAGAUAAUCUAUCGCCGAGG